UUACGAUUAGUUGCCCAUCCUUAGACUUGCAACAAAUUCAAUUGGCAUAAUUCAAAACCUUUUUUGCAUUGAAACUUAUGAGAUCAUCAUUUGAACUUAGAUAUUGGAUUGUCAACUUUAAGUGACUAAUCCUGGAUUCUUAAACGAACAUCUUGAUAACGAGAUCAAUAUCAUUAAUAAACAUAUUUACUGGUAUCAUAAAAAUCGUUGGAAACCAAUCUGUAGUAUGUGUUGGCUUGUGAAAUCAAGUGCUACCCUCUUAAAACACCUCCAUCUGGAUGUGGUGGAACAUAUAAUAUUCGGAAUAGUCUGAAAAGCGCUGAGGCCACCUCCCAGCGUAGGUUCCACCCAUCUCAGCAGCCUACGCUCCACUUCCGGCCAAACGAAUGCAUUCGCGGUACGGCUUUGACUGCCAAACGCGCCAUCACCACCAAACGCAGCAGCCCCAGCACCACCACCACCACCACCAACACCAACAGCACCUUCUCCCCUUGGAAUCGCCGCCAACGGCGUCAGUGAUCAGCCCCACCUCCGCUGCGGCUGUGGCCUACUCGAAUCUCCUGGAGAAGUGCCGCUGCAAACAGUCCGUGGCCGCCAAUCCCGCACCCGCUCCGCCGCCCGCCCAACUUCAGCUGCAGCUGCACCACCAUCACCACCACCACCACCAUCAGACAUUCGUGGCCAGCGCCAGUGCAACUAGCUACACCAACUGUUCCGGGAUUGGAUUGGGAUCGAGAUCGGGAUCGGUUUCGGGAUCGGGAAGUGGAACAGGUAGUGGCGCCACUGCAUCCUCCUCAUCGGCCAACUCAUCUUGUGCCGCGGGAAGCAACAUUUCGGGUGGAUCGGCCAGCAGCACCACCAUGUACCACCACCACCAUAGACGCCACAACAACUUGUCCUACUGCGGCGUUUCGGGGCAGGAGCAGAACUACCAAGUGCAAUAUGUGGACUCGGAGCUGUACCACAGCAACUCCAGCCAGACGCAAAUGACGUAUCCGUUCUGCCCGGUGGGUGACUACCAGGGCAACGGCCAGACGGCCUACUACUCGACCAGUACGGGUCAGUACGGAGCCACCUCCUCGGCCGGGGGCUCCUCCAAUGGGGCCCACUCCACCACGCUGCCGUACCUGGUGCCCGUGGAGGAGGGCAUCCUCCUCAACGGCUCCGCACACUCGCUAUCGCAGUCGCAUUCGCAAUCUCAGUCGCAAUCGCAAUCGCACGGACGCGAUUCGCCGCACAGCCUGACGGUGAGUAGCAGGGAUUGGGAGCGGGAUGCGGACCGGGUGAACGGAACUAAUCGCCACUGGGUGCAGGAGGUCGCGUACAUCCAGGAGGCGCAGAGCACGCCCCAGACGCCCACCUCGACGACCACGACGCACUCGGCCAGCGGCGGCAGCCUGGGCACGGGCGGCGGAGGCGCCUCCCCGGACUCCGACCAGAGUGCGCUCGGCAGCAGCAACAAGAUUGCCUCGGCAACGAUCAAGUGGCUGUCGCGGAACUACGAGACGGCGGACGGAGUGAGCCUGCCCAGGAGCACGCUGUACAACCAUUACAUGCAGCACUGCAGCGAGCACAAGCUGGAGCCGGUGAAUGCGGCCAGCUUCGGCAAGCUGAUACGCUCCGUGUUCUCCGGACUGCGCACACGUCGCCUGGGCACGCGCGGCAACUCCAAGUACCACUACUAUGGCAUCCGCAUCAAGCCCGGCUCGCUGCUGAACAGCCAGACGAUGGACGACAAGCAGAUGCUGGCCGGCGGCUAUGGGGCAUCCCAGGACGGGUCUGGCGCCGGCGGUCCCGGCUCCGGAGCCCUGGUCAGCGUGACCAGCAGCACCGCCGGACAGUUGGGCGGCUCAAACGGACACGGACACGGCGGCGGCGGACAGGGACAGCGGCACAGCGGCGGCACCAAGAAGCACACCUUCAAGCCGGAGACCUACGAGGCGUGCAUUCAGUUCAUCGGAGAUGGCAGCAGUGCCCUUCCCUCGUUUCCGGCCAUCGAGCUGAACCACAGUUUCAACAGCGAACUGACUUUGGAGGACGUGGACACAUUCCGGGCCCUGUACCGCGAGCACUGCGAGUCCUUCCUGGACGCCGUGCUCAACCUGGAGUUCAACACCGUGGAGUUCCUGCUGCGCGACUUCUGGCGGGCCAGCGACAACAACAACCUGGACGAGUGCGAGGAGGAGAAGUACUUGAGCAAGACGAAGCUGUAUCUGCUGUGCCACUGCGCAGAAGUGCAGAAGUUCGUGCGUGAGGUGGACUAUCAAUUCUACCAGAACACCGUCGAUGUCAUCAUACCGGAUGUGCUGCGCUCCAUACCGAACGCCCUGACCCAGGCCAUCCGUAACUUCGCCAAGAACCUGGAGAUCUGGCUGUGCGAGAGCAUGCUGGGCGUGCCGGAGCAGCUGGCCCAGAUCAAGACCAGUGCCGUGUCGGCCUUUUGCCAAACGCUGCGGCGCUACACCUCGCUGAAUCACCUGGCCCAGGCCGCUCGAGCCGUGCUGCAGAAUGGCGCCCAGAUCUCCCAGAUGCUCAGCGAUCUAAAUCGAGUGGAUUUCCACAAUGUUCAGGAGCAAGCCGCCUGGGUGAGUCAGUGUGCCCCCGCCGUGGUUCAGCGUUUGGAGAACGACUUCAAGGCCGCCCUGCAGCAGCAGAGCUCCCUGGAGCAGUGGGCCAGCUGGCUGCAACUGGUGGUGGAGUCGGCCAUGGAGGAGUACAACGGGAAGCCGACCUACGCCAGAGCCGCCCGCCAGUUCCUGCUCAAGUGGAGCUUCUACAGCUCCAUGAUCAUCCGCGACCUGACGCUGCGUUCCGCCUCCAGUUUCGGCAGCUUCCACCUGAUUCGCCUGCUCUUCGAUGAGUACAUGUUCUACCUGGUGGAGCACAAGAUUGCCGAGGCACAAGACAAAACUGCCAUAGCAGUUAUCUGUGAAAGGAUGAAAAAGGACAUGGACUUCGAGUUCGAGUGCCAGUUCGCCUACAUCACCAGCGACACGGAGCAGCAGACGACGCCCAGUUCGGCCAGCAGCGGCGGCGACGUGGGCAACGUUGCCAACAUCGGCAACGAGGCCAAGCGACUGAAGCAGGAAUGAGGCGCCAAGAUGUGGAUGUGGAGCCAGUGGCUGGCAUUGAGUGGAGUGUUCGUAGUGUUUAUGUAAACAGUAAUCGGUGUCCCCAUCAGUGUGCACCCCAGCCCCUGUCGUCACCAGUCGUUCAGCUCUGCAUUUAGUAGUCGAACCGUGUUGUAUAUCCGUAACCGUACCGUAUCCAUGUGCUAGUUUUUAGUCCUAGGUUCCCACACAACCAGCAUAGUCAGUCAACAUUUUAGUGGUUAGUUUUAGGCACGCUCCGAGCUCGCGUACAGUAAAAGCACUCUUGGACAGACACGGAACUGAAGGGGUUUAUGAUUUAAGUAAAAUAACUGCUCAAAUUUGUUAUUUAUUGGAUUAAAGAAAAAUGUUCCGCUCAAGGGAAAUGUUUACCAUUUGUUUAAUCGAUUGUUCGGUUUGAAAAAAAAAAAAACAAUUUUCGAUAUCAUUAAGCAGAAUUUCCGGUCACAAAAAAUUUUAAUAAUUUUUGAACGCGCCUGAAUUAUGAGUGAAGAAUAGAAAAACCAAAUAUUUGUGUCCGAAGGAGAAGCUGACCGCCCAAGGGAGCUUUUUACUGAAAAAAAUCGUGUAUUGGACUGCCCCCGCAUUGAAGUGAAGAGCCGUCCAGAAAGCAAGCAAGUGGAAAGCCAGUUCGACAAAAGCGACGGGCCUUGCUUGCCCUGAUCUGUAUUCGUAGGAUACGUUUUAGUUUAAGUACAUGUGCAUUAAUAAUUGUAAUCAACUGUCUACGAUAACGAUGGGUUCGGAGGUGGCAUCAGUUUUGUCUGGUUUCAACAAACGAUCUUGUAUAUCAUAGCGUACGGCGCACGGCGCACCCCACACACAUAGUCUUAGCACCCACACGCGCACUCAGAGGAAUUAGUCAGGGGGCUUGUAGGUUAUAGCGAAGGAACACAGUCCACAGCGAACAGCUUGCUCAAAUUCAAAUGGAACACUCAGCUCAAAACUCAAACGUAGGCUAAGUAAACAACAGGCCUUAAAUGUGCAAAGAUCAACACUCAAUUUUGAAACAAUACAAUUUACCAUACCUAUACAUAAACUAUAUAUAUAAAGAUACAUAAUUGUAUAUGUAUAUUUUAACUACAAGGAAUCAUUUUAUUAUGAAACAUGUAUUUUAACAGAGGCGCUUAUCAGAGUAUUUUAUGCCAUUUUGGGCCAGAGUACAAGCAGCAAGCGAGGCAGAUUUUUUAAGUCAACUAUCUAGCAUUAGCCAACUGAAGGAGUGGGAUGUGCAGACCACCAUCUGCAUCGAUCCCGAAACUGUCUAGUCCUAAAGCACACAUCUGAACCAUAUGCUCUGUACGGCACAAGAAAUCGACGAUAAUAACUAAAACUCCUUUCCAGGGAGCUGGUUCUGCUCAAAUUGCAAAAUGCUUAUUUAGCAUCUAAGUUCUAUUGGUUGUUGAAAAGUAAAAGUAAAUCGAAAACUGAAAUUUUAAAAUGUCAAAACUAUUUAUGUAUGUGAAAUAAAAACUGUCAACGAAAUA